AUGCCUGAUCAAGUUUCUGUACUAUUUGUGUGCCUCGGCAACAUUUGCCGCUCGCCCAUGGCUGAAGGCAUCUUCCAGAACCUCGCCAAGCAGCCGAAUCUCAAAGACAAGAUCGGGCGCAUCGACUCUUGCGGCACAGCUGCGUACCACAGCGGCGAACCCCCAGAUGACAGAACCAUGGAUACUCUCGAGGCCAAUGGUAUAAACGAUUACCACCAUCUCGCGCGGCGCUUCCAUCCAAGUGACUUCACCAACUUUGACUACAUCUUUGCCAUGGACAGGUCGAACCUGUCCGAUCUCCACCGAUUACAGAAGAACAACCCAGACUCUACAGCCAAAGUGAUGUUGUUUGGAGAGUUCAGCGGCACCAAGCGACCCGAAGUAGUCAACGACCCUUACUACGGCGGAAACGAUGGCUUCUCAAAGGCCUAUGAGCAGUGUACACGCUUUUCCCAGAACUUCCUCAAGGAGGUUUUUGGAGAGGAGGAAAAGUAA